AUGUUCUUAAAAUCUUUUUCCUUUACUAUUAUUAUCCUGGCACUAUCAUUAACUUUUGUUUGUUCUACUUAUUUGAGUGAAGAUGCUUUAAUUGAGAAAGAUGAUAUCGGUACAUUUUUUUGUCGAGAUGGAAAAGAUCCCAAUCUUUACUGUUGUCCUCUCCUGUCACAUAGACUUUCUUCUCAACACGACAAACGUUGUGUGACGAUUGUCCUCAAUAAUAAGAGUGGCUAUGAUAUUACUUUGGCCGUUGCCAAUCUUGAAAACGGGGAAUGGGUUAAUGAUUAUAAUAUAAGUUGUGAACCACAAACUGAACCUCUUGCAAAUAAGAAAUCACAAGCGUUUUCUAGCAUUACAUCUUAUAAGAUGCAAGGCCUCGCCACUUUUAUUGUAAAUGAUGAUAGCUCAAGCGUGUUCACCAUUUCCUGGAAGGCACCAGUAACCAAUUCUGAUGACUACUUCUCUUAUUCUUUGGUUGGAAAGAAAUAUAACGUAGAUUUUCAAUUUGGACUUGAAGAUACAGUUUUACAAGCCACGGUUUAUAAAGCACCAUUCUAUCAAACUAUAAUUUUACCUUCAAUUUGGAUAGUAACUACCGUUAUUGCAUUUAUUUCUUUGCUGUUCUGUUGCUUAACUUGUGGUAAAGUGAAUGAUCUAUCCAAAACUCAUAUUAAUUCUAGAGCACAUCAUUCUUAUAACACUGUCUGA